UAAAUCAUGUCAAUCAAUAAUAGCAAUAGUGGUGCGUUGCAGUCGCUUUUUAGGCUCUAUUGACUUACCGGGCGCUAGAGAUCUGCUGGAGUCUCCCGCCUCUUUCUGUUCUAUCAUUUCUCGCCAAAUCUAAAAGGAGUGGCCCCAUUCAGAUACUCCUGUUUCUUUCUCCCAACAGACGACGUCACGGUGUUUUUGGGACAUUGCUCUCGCAAUGCGGUUCCAACGACGCUCGGUUGAACUGCUCUUGAUGGGACUGGGCGAGCUCGCAAAACUCGUUCAAGCCGGCCAUCCCUCUCCCCCAUCAGGUUUGCUUCGGAGCCCCCGACAGCCAACACCCAACCCAUUCGACUGGCUGGACUUGGACGCAAGUGGCAUCUCAUCGACACCAGGCACUGCACAAUGUGCUGUGGUCAUGUCAUGGGACAGUUUGGCAUUCCCUAAUGCACGUAUCGCCUCGGCUGGAGGUCAGAUCGAGUGUCGGCAGCGGCUGGUCUUUCAGGGCCUGCCUACUAGCUCGUACUUUACUAUCUAUGCUGUGAAAGUCUCGGGGGUGUUGAAUCUCGAAGCGGGGGCUUUCGUUGAUAACGUCGAGGUUGGGGUUGAGUACUUGCCACCACCCACCUCGCCUUCGUCAAAGUCCACAACCGACUCGGCAAGCAACACGACCCUCCCCUACGGCAGAAGCGGCCAGGCAUACCGGGGCGUCUUCAACCUGACCAUGAACCUAUGGCCGAUUACUACGGGGCCACAGACUCCCCGUGGUAGGUCAAGCUGUGUGGCACGGCCUGAGCUGGCGCUCACACUGCGCGUGUCGGUAUCCCGUAAGCAGCGGCGGGGCUUGGAUGCUGAAGGUAUUGCUGCCUUGAGUCGUCGCCUUGAGAUGGCGGCGCCGGCGGUUGAGCAGUUGCAGGUGGGAGUUUAUCCUGGUUGGGGAAGGUGUCCGUGAUGCUACGUACUGCUAGGGGGCGAAGGUUGCGUUGGUUGGAGACUUGAUGGGCUGGGUUCGAAGCGGUCUGGGCGAGCCUGAGGGGCUCGGGAGUGAGGUUGAAGGCUCCCAGCCGGCGCAAAAUGGGACAGAGCCUGAAAGUAAACUCGAAGCAAAAAGGCCAAGUCACCGGCAUAGUUUUCAAACUAAGCAGCCUGGCGGUCA